UCAGUAUCACGUGACUGCGCUAACAGGAAGUGACGACACGGGCCCGCUGGCUGUUGCUGCGCAGUAUCUGGAAGAAAGGAGAAUCCCGACACGUCUCUUGUAGCCGCUGCUCGUUCUUAACCCACACCGACCGCCUGUCCAUCGUUGCUGAAAGUGUCUUUCUUGAAGUUACUUGACAGGACUAUACCAAGUGAUCCAAAAGCAAUUGGUAACUCUUAUCUGAAAAUAUGAAUCCAGUCUAUAGCCCAGGUUCUUCUGGGGUUCCAUAUGCAAAUGCCAAAGGUAUUGGGUACCCUGCAGGCUUUCCAAUGGGAUAUGCUGCCGCUGCUCCUACCUACUCCCCCAAUAUGUAUGCUGGUGCAAAUCCUGCCUUCCCUUCAGAAGUAGAACAUCCGCAAUAUGUGACUUCGGGUGUGCAAAUGUUCAUGUUCGGGCACGCGUUCUCAGCUGCGAGAAACGCUGCAAUUAAUUCAGGAUAUACACCAGGUACGCCAUACAAAGUUUCAUGUUCCCCUACCAGUGGGACGGUGCCACCUUACUCAUCUUCCCCAAAUCCUUACCAGACUGCAGUAUAUCCAGUAAGAAGUGCCUACCCACAGCAGAACCCGUAUGCACAGCAAGGAGCGUACUAUACACAGCCUCUGUAUGCAGCCCCUCCACAUGUAAUCCAUCAUACUACAGUUGUGCAACCCAAUGGAAUGCCAGCAACUAUGUAUCCAGCACCAAUUGCUUCUCCAAGAGGUAGUGGUGUGGCUAUGGGGAUGGUAGCUGGGACCACAAUGGCUAUGUCAGCAGGUACGUUGUUGACAGCCCAUUCACCAACUCCUGUAGCUCCUCAUCAAGUCACGAUGCCUGCAUAUCGGCCUCCGGGGACACCAACUUAUAGUUAUGUCCCACCACAGUGGUGACUUACCUACCAGUGUUGAAAGAUGGAAGAUAUGCAAGUAAGAGGCUUAUUAGAUGGUGCUGAAGUCUUUAUGCCUCCAGCGAGAAGUUUCUUCCUUCUGAAUUCUCUCAACACUUUGCCUAACACUAAUUCAGGAUCUGAAGAUUUCCAUUAUUGCAUAUUUUAACAUCUUGGAACUCUAGUGGUUGUCUUAUUAUGAAAAUCCUGUUUUGUGGACAGUCUUGCAGUUUUUUUUAGCUAAUUCUAUUGACAAAAAGGGAGUAUAAAGUUUUGAUCCAUAUCUAGUUGAAUGCAUGUUUAAACACAAUUAAGCUUGCUCAUUUUAUUGCAGUGACAUAUGCAAAACAAAAAUCAUAUGCAAACUCAAAAGGCAUAGGAAGAGAUUUUAAGGCCUUUUUACCAUUUCUUAGGCCUGACGAGAUUGAGGCAAGACUAAUAACCACAGUGUGUACUGAGUUGCUCUAAAAUUGUUUGAAGAUUGUUGCUAGUUAAAUGGUGCCAUGUUAAAAUAGCGAAACGUUAUUUACUACAUCUUAAACAAAUAGUGUUAAUUCAGAAUAUACCCAACUUCUCACUAGGAAUGUUAUGUUGUUGUUUUUUUUUUUUUUUUGUGGCAUUCCUCGAGUUGUUGUUUUUUACGUUGUGUUAAGUAGGAAAAGCUGAUUUCAGGUGAUGUGACCAGCCGUGAGACGAAGUAAGAUUUCUUAGUGUGUAGGCACAGUGUGUAACACUAUAAUUGUAUCUCAUUCCUUGAGGCAGCUACUGCCGUGCAUGAAGUGGCUGCUUACAUGUAAAAGCAUUGGCUCAGCACUACCUGCAGGUUAGAAAGAAUGACACAUUCCACAGAAAUGAGAAUGACCUGCUCCUAUUAUUCUCAUAUAUUUGUGUGAAAUUGGAGACAGAGAGUUCUAUGCAUCACAAAAUGUGAAUGGAAAUGAGAUUACAGUUCUUAUCAUUUCAUACGAUGCAAUGACUGCCAGUCAUUAUUUGUUAGGUUUUUGUUUGUUUUUUUUAUAUCUAGCUUUUUGAUCACUUUGUGCAGAAGUUUGAGUUUUGGCAUUCCACAUAAUAAACAAACAUGAUGAACAUUCCCAAUUCUAAUGUGCAUACAUUAUGAUUUCAUUAAAAUAUUUUUGUUUAAAUAAUACAUAUAGCAACCUGUCCAGGCAACGGAACCUGCAAUAAAUCAGUGAUUUUCUUUUAAGAUCUUUUAAUGUAACAUUCUGGAUGAGUAUUUGGCCAACACACCCCGUCCAGGUUAUCCACCAGUUUUUUGUUUUUGUUUUUUCUCUGCCAUUAUCCAGAAGUUCUUAAUGAAUAUGAACUUUUUUUGUAUGAUGAUUCUAAUACAAUUUUGGCCCCCUGAAGUGACUAGUCCCGUGGUGUAUUUCCGUAUUGUCCAUAGAAGACUGAAUACUGAUGAGCGGACAUCGGUACUUUUACAGUGAUUAUAUGAAAUUCUGCAAAUUGUGUUUUUAUAAAUCCCUGAAAGGGUGUUAUUAAGAAUACAGAAUUAUACGCAUUCAGCUUUAAUGAUAUAAUUUAUAAGGAAUUUUUCCUGUACAAUUGGUCUUUAGCUACAUUCUCUACUUCCACCUUCUUGGGUAUUUUCUAGUACUAGUGUUGAACCUUCGCUUUAUCUCUCAAUGUGGUGAUGCCAUUUAAAUGAUCUUUCAUAGGAGUGCCAUCGCCUGACCUACAGUGUUUGGUACACAUUUAACCGUAUACGGUCUUAAGCAAUCUUGAUUUCAGUGUUUUGCUUCAUUAGAACUGUCCGAACUCAGCCAACACCGUGACUGGGUGUCUGGGAAAGAGACUGGCAGGAAGUGGAGUGUUGGAAUAUAUGUAAUAGCCUGUACCUACGGGGUGCAUAAAUACAUGUUCAGCCUAUUUGCACAGCUUUCCAUUGAGGUAGUUGAAUACAAAAGGAGUAAGUUAGAAAAGGGUAAUUAUCUCAAGUACUCUUUUUAUGCUGAGUUGCAGAGUAAUGCAUGGCAAUACUGGAUAGAGCAUAGAAGGAAAAAUAAUCCAAGAUGCAUUUAUGAUCUCAGUGCAUUUCUUUGAAUUGUGUGAACUGCCCUUUUUAAAGUUACUUGUUUUAGCUUCAUUCAUUACUUUUUAAAUGGAACCCAGUUGCUUAGGUGGAGGGGCAAUGCUUCUCUAUGCCCUAUGUUUACCCACUCACUACUUUAUUAUGGUCCUUGAUAAAAUAAGAAUGGCCACCAAAUAAAACUGUGGAAGGGGAAAAUACUUUUUUGCGACCCUUUAGCUGAUCAAAAACACUAACAUAAACAUUUUAAAUUUCAGCCAUUAAAAAUUUAUUCUUCUAAAUAUUCUGCCACUUGCAGGACAGUUCCUCAUUGGCAAAUAUCAUAUUUCACUGGUCAGUAUUUUAUUUUCUCUGUAAACGUGAAUAUUUUUUGUCUUUAAGAUUAAGAGUCCGCAAUAGUAUCCUGGAAAUACAUUUUAUUAAUACACGGUCAAGUACAACAGUCUAAAAAUAUAAGCAAUAUGGUGAUAAUGGGUACGUUAUGAAGUAAUUUCUCGUAUGUGUGUGAGAGUAACACAAAUUUAUGAAGCCCCAACUCCUUUUUGUUAAACCAGUUGUAUAUAUUUUUUUCUGUGUUUGCCGAUGCUGAAUUUGAGUGAAACACCAUUUUUUUUGCUAAUCUAUUAAGGCCAGCAAAACUUCUGUCCAACAUGUUUGGUUACAUUUGCAAGGAAAUAACCAGAAUACACACAAAUUCCAAAUAUAUAUUUAAGAAAACAUUUCAGAAACUUGAUUUGAGAAGUGUUUAGUUGUAUCUAAAAAUGAAUAAGAAAAACUAGUCUGUCAUAUGUUUAUAUAUGGUGUUAAUGUUAACAAGCUAGCCACCUUGUCUCAAAGGGUUUGGACAUGAAAUAUAUAGUACACAGGAAUUUUUUUUUUGUUUUUUAUUUUACAUGCAGCUUUCAUACUUUUAUAUGUAGAUUUAAUGUUGUCUUCCAAAAAGUAAGCAAAAUACCAUUCUUAAAUUAAACUAUGUCUCCAAUUGUGGAUGGAUGGCGAAUCCAUUCUGAGCCAGUUGAAUUAUGUAUACUUUUUGUAUAAUGUGAUUAGACCAGCUCAGAUAUCACUUAUUUAAAAGCACGUUUAUUGUAACAAGAAUUGUUAUGUAUUAAUACUGUUUUCAAUAAAGAUUGACUUUUGUGUUGCUUA